AUGUGCUUUUUCGUUCCUCGCUUUUCACUCUCUUCAUUGUCUCUCGUUAACAAUCCCUUGUCCGCUUUCCCUCCAACAAGGCCUCCCUCAUUUCUUCCCCGCCUGCCUAUCAUAUUCGCAUCCUCUUCCCACACACCACGAGAAUUAUACCCGGGGCGACAACAAAAACAUUCCAAGUCGAGUGUAUUCAACCUUUCUUCUGAUUUCGUUUCUUUACGUUUUUCUUUAUCUUCCCUUUUAUUCUUUCCUCCUCUUCUUUUCUUCCUUUAUGAUUCUUUUAUCUCUUUUUUCUUUCUUUUUAUUUUUCUCUCUCACGUCUUCGCUCGUUCCUUUCUUUUUUUUUUCAUGUUGUUCUCUUUUUUCCUAUUAUUUUCUUCCUUUCCACUUUCUUUUACUUUCGUUUCCUUUGUUAUAUCAUUUCAGCUUGCCUCUCUUUUUUUUUCUUUUUUUUGUUUGUUUGUUUUUGUUUUUUGUUUUUUUCUCAUACAAAUAACACGAUUCACUUUAACAGUUCCGUCUCCAUUUUGUUUUUCCAGUAAUCUCAAACUGUCUGAAAUUUGUAUCUUCAGUGGUUUAUCUCUUUCCAGUCGCGGCGCGCUGAUAUUUUUCUUUGGGACUUCAAGUUUGCUGAUUGGGUGGGUGGACGCCAUCUUAAUGCCUUCCCUCCAGGCACGGCAUAUUUUGGAAAUUCGCCUCUCUCACCCUUCUCUGUCUCAUCCCCCCCCUCUUGGGAACAGCGUUCUAAAGUUAAAGUUUCUUUUCAUUUGA